GCUAGUCAUUCAUACAACCAUUGAGUUAGUUCAUUCAUUGCACUAGUAGAAGUUUGAAUUAAAUAUAUCUCAAAUGCAUUUAACGGCAUUACUAGUAGUGGUGGCUUCAGGAAUCGCCUUAGUGUCUCCCCAUCACUAUCAUGGCUCAGGUAGUGGAAGCGACUUCAGUGGGGAAGGCUGGCCACACGGCUACAACCACCACUCCUCAACAGCCAACGCGAGGUCUUCACCAGACUCCUCAACACCAUUUGCCAAGUUCAGAGGUGACACAGCUAACUACUACUGGGAUGGGGGCAAGCCAAACACCGGUGGAUCCUUCCAAGCUAGAAGCCAGAACAGAAAUAGAUACGCACCAAACCAACAAACACACUACUCCCCUAACCCUAACGAAGCGCCUAACUCAAGGAACUCAAACGCCUACUCUAGAAACUUUUUGGAACCACAUUCACAAGACUCUUUCGAAGGAUAUGCUACUGGCAGGCAAUCACACGAUACAGGGAAAAGUUGGGCAUUGUAUAAUUCGUAUUACGAUUCCAACCGCAGGGAUUCUAAUUUCAAAUCCGCCAACGGAUUCAAUUCUAAUGUAGCAUCUAACGGAUGGAAGGCCAAUGCUCGGAAUUUAAAUUCUGGAUCACCCAAUAAGUGGUUUACGGACGCAGAAGCUUCCAAUGGGUGGGCGGAAAAUCCAGGAUCUAAAUUAACUAACCAAUGGCAAUCGACUGGUUGGUAAUAGAUCUUUACAAACAGACUCUAGCAUUACAUGGAUGGAUAACCCAUAGAAGAACGGAUAACCUUACUUAACUA